CUGGCAACCCUGGUUGAUGGGGAGAUUCACCUGACUUAUCUGCUGGAGUUGCAACUUUAAACGCUUUUUGUUCGGUGGGCGAAUGUUUUGCGCGUGAAAAUGCCAGUUCGCAGCGCUAGAGCGUCGAGCAAGGUAUGAUGCAAUCCGCGGACCAUGUCCCUGUUCACAAAGGCGAAUCUCAUUCGCUUCCUGGCCGGCGCGAUUUUCUUGUUGCUGGUGCUUAACUUUGUGGUCUUCCGCACAGACGGGGCCAGCAGCACGUCCCUCAGCAAGCUCAGCAUCCGGCGUGUGCACAAAUAUGCGCAUAUCUACGGGAACGCCAGCAGCGAAGGAGGAGCAUGGCUGCCCGCUGCCCCGCUCGCCCGGUCCAAGGAAAGGGAGCGGGAUCGCGAUCCACACGGCGGACCCAACUCCACCGCAACGACUGUGAUUGCCACGGCAAACUUUACUUCCAUUCCACAAGACUUAAACCGCUUCCUGCUGGGCACACGCAAGUCACUGCACCCGGGACAGAAAUCCACAUCCGCCCUCCUCGCCAACUGCACUGAUCCCGAUCCCCGAGAUGGUGGACUUAUCACGCCCAACACCACCCUUGAAUCACUAGACAUAAUCGAAGCAGAGCUAGGUCCCCUCCUGCGCCCUGGUGGCGCCUUCGAGCCGGACAAUUGCCAUGCCCAGCACCAUGUGGCCAUUGUAGUGCCCUUCCGCGAUCGAUACGCCCAUCUGUCCGUCUUCCUGCGCAACAUCCACCCAUUUCUAAUGAAGCAGCGCAUCGCUUAUCGCAUUUUCAUUGUGGAACAGACCAACGGAAAGCCCUUCAAUCGGGCCGCCAUGAUGAACAUUGGCUAUUUGGAGGCCUUAAAGCUGUACCAGUGGGAUUGUUUUAUAUUCCACGAUGUCGAUCUUUUGCCUUUGGACGACCGCAAUCUCUACAACUGUCCACGUCAGCCGCGGCAUAUGUCGGUGGCCAUAGAUACGCUAAAUUUCAGGUUGCCUUAUCGAUCAAUAUUUGGGGGCGUUUCCGCCAUGACGCGUGAGCACUUCCAGGCCGUAAAUGGGUUCUCAAAUUCGUUCUUCGGCUGGGGCGGCGAGGAUGAUGACAUGUCCAACCGGUUGAAGCAUGCCAACCUAUUCAUAUCAAGGUAUCCCGUCAACAUAGCCCGCUAUAAGAUGCUGAAGCAUCAGAAGGAGAAGGCCAAUCCUAAGCGCUAUGAGAACCUUCAAAACGGCAUGAGUAAAAUAGAGCAGGAUGGGAUUAACUCGAUUAAGUAUGCCAUCUACAGCAUCAAGCAGUUCCCAACCUUCACUUGGUAUUUAGCUGAGCUAAAGAACUCCGAGCGCAAGAGUUAGUCUGCAAAAAGACAGCGUUACAAUACGUGACCUUUCCAACUAUCUAAUAUGCGUAUGUACAAAGGACAACAUUACUUUCACGAACGGUAGUCUCUUUUAAUAGAAUGUCAGAUCAUGGCAACAUGAUUAGUAUAUUAGACACAUAUUGUGUACAUGGUAGUAAGUCCAGUAACUAUACUCAUAUUACGAUGUAGUAUACUUUUUAUCCAUCAUUUAGCUUCAAUUCGUACUCAAAGAACAACAGUAACAACUCGUCUCUGUAGCAAUAAUCCUCCCGUUCACUACUCAAAGUGCUCAAUGAUACUUAGGUAUAUAUAGUAUAUAUAAUAACCCAUGUUAAUUUUUGUAUUGUUUUUGUUUUGUUUUAAUUUUUGUUAUUCCACUAUUGUACUUUAUUAACUUCUCAAAAGACAGCUACACCUACUCCUACAAGGUGAAAUGUAGAUAUUACUUUUGUGAUAUGCAAAUUGUUAUUCGAUCAGAACGAUUUAUACCAAAAUAAACUUAUAAAAACUUUUACUAUACCAAA